UGCGUUACGUGGGGAAAUCGAGUAAUUGUUCCGCACUGUUUGCGCAAACGAGUAUUGGCACUUUGUCAUGAAGGUCACCCCGGAGUUACGCGUAUGAAAAUGCUCGCGCGCAGCUAUGUCUGGUGGCCUCAGUUAAACCAAGACAUUGAAAGUGUUGUUAAAAGCUGCUGUACUUGCCAGUUGACGCAGAACGCUUCACCGAAGGCCCCACUACAAACUUGGGGUUGGCCGAGCCGAAGAUGGCAACGAAUACACCUGGAUUUCGCAUUCACAGAUAAUAAAUGGCUGUUUGUGCUGGUGGAUGCACACUCAAAGUGGGUUGAAGUGUUCGUCAUGAACUCAACAACGACCGAAAAGACGAUCGAGAAGCUGCACAGGGUGUUCGCAUCGUAUGGCCUUCCGGAGGAAGUCGUAACGGACAACGGGCCACAGUUCACUGCGAAGGACUUCACAGAGUUCCUGUGCAAGAACGGAGUGCGGCACACCAGGACACCGCCGUACCACCCUGCGUCCAAUAGAAGCGCCGAGAGGUGCGUCCAGACUGUGAAACGGGAUCUUAUGAGACAGAUUCUCGACGAAAAGUCAUCGGGCGUCAGCAAGACCCUACAGCACCGCAUAGACCUAUUUCUGUUCAGGUACCGGAACACGCCAACCACAACCACGGGACAGACACCAGCAGAACUGUUCCUGUCGUGAAUGCCCCGCACUCGCCUGACUAUGCUACAGCCAGACCUGGAGAGACGUAUGGAAGAACGUUUCUGCAAAGUGAAGGGCAAAGCCGACGAAAAAAGAGGGUCGUGGAGAGCUUACAAACAGGGUGAAAGCGUUCUGGUCCAAGGUCUUCGUCCAAGUGAGCCCAAGUGGUUGCUAGGAGUCAUCGAAAAAAGGUGCAGUGCCGUUACGUACAUUGUGCGUGUAGGACCCGACAACAGAUUCGUGCAUGUAGACAGUCUACGUUCACGUUAUUUCGAGAGUGACGAACAAGGCCCCAGUGAACUUCCCUGUUUCGUGCACAGUUCAAUUACAGACCCUAUGCCGGAAGCGUCUCCAACGAGGCCCCCCUUUCCUGUGCUGGAGCCUCCAAGCUCCGAGCCAGCCGAAGACUCUGCUCCCUCGGGACAACGGAAUGCCAGUCCACGCCAAGACCCCGCACCGGCGUCCCCUCUGCAAGAACCUGCAUCCCCUCUAUGUGCUCAGACUCUUCGACGCAGUACUCGCGCAAGGAAACCUCCCGACUGGUACAGGCCAUAACCAUUGUGGG